AUGACUGGUAGUCCUGAGAUUCACGACCUUGCAAAAUACAAGGACUUCCACAUCCACCAUGUGACAUACAAAGUCAUCUCCGGUCAUCCCCUGGACCUCUCAAUCCUGGUCCCAAAAUCCCUAGUCAAACGCGGGAAAUUAUCUGAAAAAUCACCCCUGAUAACCGAAUUCCACGGCGGCUUUCUCGUCGGAGGACAUCGUAUCUUCUCACCUUGGUUCUCAGACUGGCUCGUCGAACUUACUCUCUCCAGAAAUGCCAUCGUAGUAACACCCGACUACCGUCUCCUCCCCGAGGCAAACGGCCACGAUAUCCUAUCCGACCUAGCAAGUUUCUGGGAAUGGCUACCGAAAAACCUAGGAUUAAAGCUUGCAGAAUAUUACCCUGAGAUCAAUCUUCAGCCGGACUUCGAUCGCAUAUUAGCUACUGGUAGUAGUGCGGGCGGAUGGAUGGUUUCUCAGAGUAUGUUUUUGCAUCCGGAGAUUAAUAUCAAGGCUGCUAUUAUGUCUUAUCCGAUGAUUGAUCUUCGAGAUCGAUAUUGGAAUGAGAAGUUUGAAAAGCCUAUUUUUGGUCUUCCAAAUAUUCCAUUUACUAUCGUCGAGGAACACUUGAAGAAUUCCCCUCCAAACGCAAUUGUCGCCGUAGAUGGUGACAUUGAGGAGAAGUCCGAGCUGAAAAGACUCCCGUUGGCUAUUAGCAUGGUGCAGAAUGGGAAAUAUAUUGAUUUCUUCGGUCGUGAGACCGAGUUGUUCCCAUUUGAGAAUCUUGCGAAGGCAGAGCGGGUUCCUCCGUUCGUUUGGGUUUUUCAUGGCAAGCAGGAUUCUGCGGUGCCCAUUUCUGGAAGCAAGAAGUUUGUUGCUGAGCUUCGGAGGUUGAGACCUGAUGUUCUUGUUAGGUUUGAUGCGAAGGAUGGCGAUCAUGGGUUUGAAGAUGACGAUAAGGUUACUAUUAGUGAGGGGUGGGUGAAGGAGGGAGUUGAUCAGUUGUCCGAGUAUUGGUGA